AUGAAGUUGAUCCUCGUCCUUUUCGCCGUUGUGGUUGCCGCCAGCGCAUAUCCCGGCUAUGAGCAUCAUGAGCCCGAACACCAUCACGUGAUCCAGGUGGCCCAGCCGCACCCCAUCCCGCCGCUUCACCCGAAGCCGCUCCACCUGAAGGUCCACAGCGAGGCCCACAAGUUCCACUACGACCACCCCAAGAUCCCCCACCCCCACCUCAUCGGCUGGGAGGUGUACCACGAGCCCAAGGUUGAGAUCAAGCACGCCCACCACGAGCACGGCCACUACUAA